GUGCUUCCCUUCUUUGACUCCGUUGCUUUUCGGACGCUUCUCGCCAUGGCAUAGUUGGUUGCUGCACCAGCGACUUCUUAGGCAAAUGGGCUGUGGAGCCAGCUCGGUGCAGUCGCACUUGGAUGCCUCGUUGUUAGAGGUGGAAAGAUUGCAGAAGGAGCUCAAGGAGAGCCAACAGAGCAAAGCAGCACUGGAAGAGCAGUUGAAGGCCGGCGGUGUGAACCAGCCCGAGGCAGAGCCGCAGGCGGAGCCACCAGUGGAGCCACCAGUGGAGCCCACGCAUAGCCGCCCGCAGGCCAAGGCUGAAAAGUGUGAACUCCUCGAAAGCUGCGAGGCAGUUGUGGCAGGCCAACCGCCUGGUGAGAAGAGGGCCGGAGCAGAGGCAUCGGCACCUUUGCCGGACACACCUGCAGGCGGACAGACGUCGGAAGAAGAGAAGUCUGAGGAGCCGAAUUGUUCGAACUUCCAGGUAGAUCUGCCAGGCAUUGUCGUGCAUGAUGCAGAGGCAGAUGCGGCGCCGGAGACGGCGCCCGAAACGACGCCCGAGGAGGCCCCGGCUUCCUUGGAAUCGACGGCCAGCACCUGCUCUCCGCAGAAGAAACCGAGCUGCGGGCACUGCUUCUGCGAGGCCGAGAAGCUCUACGUCGACCCCAAUGACCUCAACCGGUACUGCGAGAGCUGUUGGGUGGAGUACUACGGAGAGCCGCCUCAGAACUCCAACCACGCCUUGAUACCCGUGGAGGCUGUGGAAAGACUUUCGACCAGGAGAUGCUGGCCGAAGCCUGGUCGGAGCAGAUCCUCGUGGGCUGGCCACCCCUUGCCAAGAUGGACACCGUCCCCAGCGAUGAGGGGCCAGAACUUUGGACGAAGCUCUCCAUUCGCGUGCGACGUGACAUCUGCGGUGGACACGCCCGGGAAUUGCUGAGUGCCACUGGCCUCAGCGAUGGGGAAGUGCUGGCACAAAGGUACAAGAUCAUGCAGCUGGUGGGCGAGGGUCACUUCACUAAGGCCUUUCUGGCGAAAGAUCUUCAGGAGGAUCGUUUUGUGUGCGUGAAGCGACAUCGGAACCUGCCCAUUGAGGCCUUAGCCGACUUCUUCGUCGCGGCCAAGCGCCUGGACGAGGUGGAUCGAGGUGGGCAGUUCUUCCCCGUCCUGGUGGACGCCUUCUUCGACCUCGUGGGCUACACGGUCGAGAGCAUGUUCGAGGGGAAGAACUGCUUGGUGAUCUCCACCGAACAGCCGGGCUUCUUCAAGGAUCCAAUGAAGAUCCGCACAGUUGCCUUGGGAGCGCUCUCAGGCUUGGUGUUGUUGGAGAAGGCCGGCUUGGUCCACAACGACGUGAAGCCGGACAACUUGAUCUGGACGGAACCCAACCAGGUUCGGAUCGUCGACUUUGGCUGCGCACGCCUGGACCAACGUGAAGAGCGAGGACGCAACUGGGCAUUGGCCGAAGGAGGUGCCGGCCACUUAGACAAGUGGUCGCCGGAGAUGACGCUGCGCUUGCCCAUCGGCCACCAGUCCGAUGUCUGGGGCACCGCGGUCUCCUUGUGCGAACUCUUUUGUGGUCGCGUGGUUUGGCGCUCCGAGCAAGACACCGCGGAGGUGGUCAUGGCACAAGCUUUGGGCUUGUGCAAUCUGCGCGAUGGCUUGCCACCGUCCUUGUUACGUCGGAGCCCUUUGGACGUGCGGCAGCUCUACACGCCGGGCCGGCGGCACUGGCCGGUGCGUCGCACCGGGAGCAGUUUGGAGGCCAUCAAGCCCAAGCGCUGGGGCCUGGAGCAGAUCCUGGGCAUGGGAUGGAAGGACUCCGCCAAGGCGGACCUGGGCGAAUUCCUCCUGAGUGCCUUGGUGCUGGAUCCCGUCUCCCGGCCCUCUGCAUCGGAGUUGCUGCAGUCUUGCAGUUUCCUGCAGCCCGGCGCGGAGCACGCGGAGCACGCGGAGCACGCGGAGCACGCGGAGCUCCAGCAGGAGCCAGCUGGCUCGGCGCUGGCUCCCAAGGAGCCACUGAGGCCCAAUUCAGAUGCGGAGACCGUGGUGGAGGCUUUAUCCUGAAGCCCUGAGCCCUGAGCCAUGCCCCGACACCAGGAGGAAGCAUAUCUUAGGAAGGGUGGGUGCUUAGGC